AUGAGCCACCACCAGCAGCCUCCACCACCCCCUCGACCACCGCCCCCUCUAUACUUCCCCUCCCUCUAUGACCGAACCGCACCAAGCACCACCCUAGCUGACUGUGGUCUCUGGCGGAAGCUUUUUGUGCCAUUGAGAGGGGGUGAAGCAGCAUCAGCUGGGCCUCAGAGACCUCCACCAGGACUAGGACUUCUCCCACCGACCAAUGAGCGCUACUGCCCACCUCCCUGGCCAGCUGGCCUGGCCCCCAUUCCCUAUGAGCCGCUGCGCUUCUUCUGUCCUGCUGCAGAGAGUGGAGCUGGGGCACAUCAGCAGCAACAUCCAGAUGGGGAGAUCUGUGAGCUAGGCAUUCGCCUGAAGGAGCUAGAAUUGCUGGCCCUCACUGGAGAUGGCUCAGACCCACAGCAGUAUAAGCUUCUAAAGGCACUAAAAGACGAAAAGACCCAAAAUGUAAUGGCAGGACUGCCUCCGAAGAAACAUUCACUUGCAUCGUGA